AUGUGGGGGUGGAAGGACGCCCAGGGCCAAGUGACGCCGCGACUGGGCUGCGCGCUCCGGAGGCCACACCCGCCCCAGUGUGUGCUAUCCGCCGGCUUGGCGCGGCUGUCUGGCAGUCCUACAGUCCAGCUGUGCAUCCAGGCGGAGUGUCUACUGUGCGAGGUGACACACCGGAGCAAGUGCGUCUUCACGGAGAGAAGGGCGCGGCUGUCUGGCAGUCUUACAGUCCAGCUGUGCAUGCAGGCAGAGUGUCUCCUGUGCGAGGUGACACACCGGAGCAAGUGCGUCUUCACGGAGAGAAGGGCGCGGCUGUCUGGCAGUCUUACAGUCCAGCUGUGCAUGCAGGCAGAGUGUCUCCUGUGCGAGGUGACACACCGGAGCAAGUGCGUCUUCACGGAGAGAAGGGCGCGGCUGUCUGGCAGUCUUACAGUCCAGCUGUGCAUGCAGGCAGAGUGUCUCCUGUGCGAGGUGACACACCGGAGCAAGUGCGUCUUCACGGAGAGAAGAGCGCGGCAGUCAGGCAGUCCUACAGUCCAGCUGUGCAUGCAGGCAGAGUGUCUCCUGUGCGAGGUGACACACCGGAGCAAGGACAUCUUCACGGAGAGAAGGGCGCGGCAGUCAGGCAGUCCUACAGUCCAGCUGUGCAUGCAGGCAGAGUGUCUCCUGUGCGAGGUGACACACCGGAGCAAGUGCGUCUUCACGGAGAGAAGGGCGCGGCUGUCUGGCAGUCUUACAGUCCAGCUGUGCAUGCAGGCAGAGUGUCUCCUGUGCGAGGUGACACACCGGAGCAAGGACGUCUUCACGGAGAGAAGGGCGCGGCAGUCAGGCAGUCCUACAGUCCAGCUGUGCAUGCAGGCAGAGUGUCUCCUGUGCGAGGUGACACACCGGAGCAAGGACGUCUUCACGGAGAGAAGGGCGCGGCAGUCAGGCAGUCCUACAGUCCAGCUGUGCAUGCAGGCAGAGUGUCUCCUGUGCGAGGUGACACACCGGAGCAAGUGCGUCUUCACGGAGAGAAGGGCGCGGCUGUCUGGCAGUCUUACAGUCCAGCUGUGCAUGCAGGCAGAGUGUCUCCUGUGCGAGGUGACACACCGGAGCAAGGACGUCUUCACGGAGAGAAGGGCGCGGCAGUCUGGCAGUCCUACAGUCCAGCUGUGCAUGCAGGCAGAGUGUCUCCUGUGCGAGGUGACACACCGGAGCAAGUGCGUCUUCACGGAGAGAAGGGCGCGGCAGUCAGGCAGUCCUACAGUCCAGCUGUGCAUGCAGGCAGAGUGUCUACUGUGCGAGGUGACACACCGGAGCAAGGACGUCUUCACGGAGAGAAGGGCGCGGCAGUCAGGCAGUCCUACAGCCCAGAUGUGCAUGCAGGCGGAGUGUCUCCUGUGCGAGGUGACACACCGGAGCAAGGACGUCUUCACGGAGAGAAGGGCGCGGCAGUCAGGCAGUCCUACAGCCCAGAUGUGCAUGCAGGCGGAGUGUCUCCUGUGCGAGGUGACACACCGGAGCAAGGACGUCUUCACGGAGAGAAGGGCGCGGCAGUCAGGCAGUCCUACAGUCCAGCUGUGCAUGCAGGCAGAGUGUCUACUGUGCGAGGUGACACACCGGAGCAAGGACGUCUUCACGGAGAGAAGGGCGCGGCAGUCAGGCAGUCCUACAGCCCAGAUGUGCAUGCAGGCGGAGUGUCUCCUGUGCGAGGUGACACACCGGAGCAAGGACGUCUUCACGGAGAGAAGGGCGCGGCAGUCUGGCAGUCUUACAGUCCAGCUGUGCAUGCAGGCGGAGUGUCUCCUGUGCGAGGUGACACACCGGAGCAAGGAUGUCUUAACGGAGAGAAGGGCGCGGCAGUCAGGCAGUCCUACAGCCCAGAUGUGCAUGCAGGCGGAGUGUCUCCUGUGCGAGGUGACACACCGGAGCAAGGACGUCUUCACGGAGAGAAGGGCGCGGCAGUCAGGCAGUCCUACAGCCCAGAUGUGCAUGCAGGCGGAGUGUCUCCUGUGCGAGGUGACACACCGGAGCAAGGACGUCUUCACGGAGAGAAGGGCGCGGCAGUCAGGCAGUCCUACAGCCCAGAUGUGCAUGCAGGCGGAGUGUCUCCUGUGCGAGGUGACACACCGGAGCAAGGACGUCUUCACGGAGAGAAGGGCGCGGCAGUCAGGCAGUCCUACAGCCCAGAUGUGCAUGCAGGCGGAGUGUCUCCUGUGCGAGGUGACACACCGGAGCAAGUGCGUCUUCACGGAGAGAAGGGCGCGGCAGUCAGGCAGUCCUACAGCCCAGAUGUGCAUGCAGGCGGAGUGUCUCCUGUGCGAGGUGACACACCGGAGCAAGGACGUCUUCACGGAGAGAAGGGCGCGGCAGUCAGGCAGUCCUACAGCCCAGAUGUGCAUGCAGGCGGAGUGUCUCCUGUGCGAGGUGACACACCGGAGCAAGGACGUCUUCACGGAGAGAAGGGCGCGGCAGUCAGGCAGUCCUACAGCCCAGAUGUGCAUGCAGGCGGAGUGUCUCCUGUGCGAGGUGACACACCGGAGCAAGGACGUCUUCACGGAGAGAAGGCGGCGGGGGCCUGUCGUGGUUACCGCUGACCCGCGCGGCAAUUCACAGGCCACUUCGCGGCGAGUGUGA